AUGGCUCUACCACUACGAUCAAUAACCUCAUUCCGAACCUCGUUCUCACCUCUCUCCCCACUUUCUCGGCCAUGCAAAUUGGUUCUCGCGCUUCUACAAACACCCAUGACAGCCUCUCCGUCGUCAGCAGCACAUAUAAAGAUCGACGUGAAGCAUCUACCGAAGAACUCCAAACAACUGCCUGAGAUGACUGUUGGGUUCCGGAACGGCAAGGAGGUGAAGUUGGAGGUGGGCAAGCUACGGCUUUCAGUAGGGGAUGUUAUGGAGGAAGUUGGGAGGGUAGGGAGACUUAUUGAGAGGGAGGAGAGUUUGAAGGGUUAG